AUGUCCGGAGUUGCCGCCCAAGUUGGAAAGUCCGCUCUCGCGAAGGGCGCAAAGCGCGACCCUGAACUCUACAUUCUUAUGGCCGUCAUGUCUGGUGCUUUCGGUCUUGCCGGAUUCUACUUUGGCCGCAAGCCCACCUCCGCAACCUCCGAGGAAAGUCGCAUCAACGUUGCCAAGAACUCCAUGCCAUGGCAGGGAGAGGGUGAUGGUACUACUGCCCGCGAGAACUUCAAGUACAAGUACCACCCAGGCGGUGACGCCCGCAACCCUCCCAAGGAUGCGCCCAGCGCUUUGCACUCCGUGAUCAUUCCUAACGUUAACUUGCCAAAGGAACUUCACGAGAAGUACAACAAGUGGGGCAAGGACGGAUACUAA